AAAGAUGAAGAUGACUGCCGUGGAAAAUUGUCGUUCAGUGAAUGGAAUUGUUAGGGUGACAUAAACAACACCCUGCAGUUUAGUUAAGACAGUAGUAUUAACAUUUAAUCUUUCUUUGCAUUAUUCAACUUGACAGGAAGUCGGGGGUUAGCAUAGCAUAGUAGUAGCUAGCCACUUGCUGCAGUAAUCGGCCAUUAGUUUAGUUUACGUUUCUGUCGGCUAAUAUCAGGAUUUAAAUCAUCAUGGAGUUUUCACGAAGGCCAGCGGUGGAUUUGAUAGGCCAAUAGUGAAACGAGUAAAGAUUUUUGAAGGAUUUGAACCUUAAAAUCUAGGUCAUUGAUAACAGUUAUUUCCAGUUUCAAGCUUGGGACUUAAAAUGGCCAACCAACAAACAUCCAGUCUCACUCUCGCUUGGGAGAAAUACAUGGACUGUCGUGCACAGGGAGCAGAUCUACCUGUCAGUCUGCAAUCCUUGGAGAAAUUUCUGAUUUUGUUCCACUCUAUGCACCACCUCAGGGAGCCUGGGGUGAAGGAUGCACUGAAAUUCUGCUCAGACAUGAGUGGUGCCAGUAACACUCUGGCUAGGGAAUUUCUGACUGAUGUUCACCAGCUGUGUAAUGUGGAGACCCACAGGAAGCAGGAAGAGGAGAAGAGUCAUGUGGUAGCUCUCGGAGAGUACCUGGUCCAAGGCCGUGGCUUCCUGUUGCUAAGCACCCUGGACGCUGUCCUAGAUCAGGAACUGACGUGUCGGGAAGAGCUGCUCACACUUCUGUUAUCAUUGCUACCCCUAGUGUGGAAGAUUCCUAUUCAGGAAGAAAAGCUCCCUGAUUUCACUCUGCCUUCACUUAUAGAAGGGCAUCCUUCUCGAGAGGAAAAGGCUACCACUCUGAAUGUGGGAAAACAUAAAACUUUUUGUGAUGCACAGAGCACUGGAAAGCACUUUUCUCACAAUUGGAAGUCAAGGCAUAUACGAAGGACUGCUCAGAGAUCUUCAGUGAGUGAGGUGAAGAAAUCCCAGAUCUCCACAUCUGAUUCUGAAUCUAAUUCGGAUGAAAAAUCAUCAAGUACAUGUCCCAAACAUCACAGGUCUUCUGGUUCAUCCAGUCAUUCUAGUCUCCAGCAUCAUCAGUUAGUAACGCUUCUGCAGCAGUCAUUGCAGUAUCCUUGUGUGGGUGGCAUGAGCAGUUUUGAAAGAUCCAGGCCUUAUAUGAGGCAUUUUGAAUCACUGCUGCCCAAUACUGAAAUGCUAACUGAUCCUACAGCCUUUUCUAUUUUGAGUGCAAUUGCAAAUACACCAUUUGACCUAUGUCAUGUUUUAUUGUCCUUACUGGAGAAAAUUUGCAAGCUUGACAUGACUAUCAAUCACAACCCAUGUUUAACUGUUAGUGUUGUUCCAAAACUCACUGAAAUUCUAACUGAGUUCUGUGACUGUUGUGGACCACAAGGGGGAGGUCGUCCGGAAGGGGUUGAUGAAAUAGCUGCAGGCUGGGCUGAGGAGCCAGUUGCCCUUGUUCAAAGAAUGUUAUUGCGCACCAUUCUGCAUUUAUUGUCUAUAAAUACGAGUCCGAAUGAACUACUACCCAAUAGUCUCCGGCAAAGCCUAACUGAACUGCUCAGAGCUAUCCGGAAGAUUCGGACCUGCCCUGAUAGGCAGGCCUUCAAGGCAGGUGGGAAUCUAUUUGCACCUCUAUCAAAAACAAAUCUACAAGAGGUUCAAGAAGACCUGUCUUUUUCUAGUUACCUCCACCAAGCUCUGUUGCUGCCAGAACUCGUUGAAGGUGUCCUUCAGUUUUUGCUUGGCUGCUUAGAAGUCUCUGCCCCAAAUCCUUUAUUUUUCAACCAGGCCCUAGAACUAAUUCAUGAGUUUGUGCAGCACCAUGGCCUUGAGCUGUUUGAGGAAGCUUGCCUUCAUCUUGAAGCCCUUGGUAAUACUUGUGAUUCUUCGAUGAGUGAUGAAGUUUUGGAACGGUUGCAUGGUAUUAUUUCUGGUGUCCUUAAGAUAAUCAGUGUAGUGAAAAGGGCCAAAUCUGAACAAAUGCAUCAAUUAUCAUGUGAGCGACGUUGCCACAAACGGUGUGAGUAUUCCCAAUUGCUGCACCAUCACUGUGACCUCUCAGGACUGCCUGUCCUUGCCUUCAAGCAGGCAACUGAGGGUAAUGGUUUGCAAGUGUGCUACACUGAACGUUGUUGCAUUCUGGCUGUCUGUGCUCACCAGUGUCUGCGACUACUCCAGCGUCUCUCGCCCUCUGGGCCUGCCGUGCUGCAGGUGCUGACUGGUGUGCAAGCUGUUGGUAUUUGUUGCUGUAUGGAACCAUUUUCAGUGGUGGCUCCUCUGCUUCAAGUAUUUCAAGCCCCAGGUCUGUGCAGCUAUCAGUCCUAUAUUCUCAAUCUACUUAGUAGACUUGUGCUGGAGCAGCUAGGAGGAGAACAACCUUCAGUGAAGGCAACAGUAACCUCUUGCACUAUCUGUAUCUUGGACAGCUCCCAGAAACUUGGUAUUGAAAAGACUUUGCAAGACUUGGGUCUAGGAAAGGAGAUAGCCUCCUCCACUUCUCCCUGUUCUUCCUAUCAAUCACAAGUUCUUCCUAGUAGAGGGUCUGAAGAUAUGUUUUGGAAAUGGGAUGCUUUGAAGGCUUACCAGGAAGUAAUCUUUGGUAAAGAUUGGCAGUGGAGUAAACAGAUUGCCAGUCAUGUAUGCCAACUGACCUUAAGGGGAAAUGCAGUAAUACAGUGGAAACUGUACACUUACAUUUUUUAUCCUAUGCUUCAGAGAGGUGUGGAGUUAGCCCACCAUGCUCAAAAACUAGGUGUGUCCAAGACAUGCAGUCAGGUCUGUAGCUAUCAUACUCGCUGCCUCCCUGUGGAAGUGCUGCUUAUGUAUCUUCGGGUGCUGCCCUGCUUACUCAAGUCAAGCACAGUGGUGCGUGACUUGUUCCUAAGCAGUACUGGGCUGAACCAGGUGACUGAAUUGAUCUAUCUGGACUCCACUAGGCCUUGGGCACUUAAGGUGUUUGAGACAUUGAUUUUAAAUUGCUUUGACCAUCAGACAGAUGCUGCCCUGCAUGGACUGGGUAAAGCAGAAGACCUAGAAUCUCAAGCGAAAGGUGAUGGUCCACAAAGUUUCAGUAGAUUCUAUGAGGAUCUAAAAGAGGCAUGUCUGAAUAGCAAAAGCAGUAGGAGUGCAGGAAUCAAAUGGAACCAUGGAGGUGCACAUUUGAACAUUAUUAAUCUUUUUUUGUGUGUGGCCUUCUUAUGUAUGAGUAAAGAGGCUGACUGUGAUGGGGACAUUGAAGAUACAUCAGACAAUGAUAAUACAGCCAGUGAACACCUGAGUGGGGGGUUAUCUUUUCUCAUACCAGAUACACUGGCCUUGUCAUCAAAGGAGCAUAUAAGGCGAGCAGCAGAUGUGUGGUCCGUAUGCCAUCGGGUGUAUCUGGUGAGCCCAGUGUUCCAGAGACAGCUCUUCAGGUUAGGUGGCUUGAAUGUGUGCUAUCGCCUCAUGACUAUGGUCCUUCAGAAUCUUACCUUGAAAAUCAAAGGAGACACAUCUAAUAAAAAGAGUGACAGCAAGGUCACUCAUCACAAAAGCUUAUCACACUCAGGCUGUUCAGCCUUAAACCCACUACAGAUUGCACAUGAAGAUAUGAUGGAUGGGACAUAUGAAACACAACAGCUAGAUCUUAAUAAUUCAGUGAGUCCAGGUCAUAUGGAGUCAAAAGCAAAGAUUCCAGCACAGAAGCUAGAAGAGGAGUGGCUUUUAAAGUGUUUACAUCUCCUGGAAGCGCUUCUAUCCAUCUGUCUUCACAGCUCCAAGUCUGUGCUUCAGAAACCUGAAUAUAACUACAUAUCAUUCCAGUCUGUAGAGGACACCCUGUGUGAGGUGAAGGAUCAGCUGUCUCUCUCUGAUGUGGUGAACUCUGACCUGGCUGUUCCCCUGUUUGACUCCCUGUUGCGUGUUGCACUGGCUCAGGUGUCUGCCCCAGCCUUGGAUGUUGAGGAGAAACCUGAAAGGCAUCAAGCCAGUUGUGACGUCUCAACUCCAACUGGGGAUCUGUCUGAUGAAGCGGAUGAAGUCCAAGUGUGUGAUGUUCAAGCGUUGGGUGAGGAGAAAGGCUAUGAGGCUGAUAGUGAAAGCAACCCUGACGAUUCUAUGCUGCUAGAGGAAGGUGUGAAGAUGGAACUGUUGGACCCAGUAGAUAAAUGUUUGCUUGAAUCUGCUGCUAUGGCACAUGGCUCUGGACAAGUUAUGUUGCUUUUCCCACAAAUAUGUCUUAUGGAGCUGCAGCUGUUGGCCAAUAGUUCUCCAGACCUAGAUGUUCUAGGUCACAUACUGCAAAGCCUUCUGGCAGCUGUGAAGAUGCAUCAUUCCAAUGCUGAAAUGAUUUACCAACAGGGUGGAGUAAAAACCAUUCUGACAGGCUUUGCGAACAUUCUCACUCAGUCAGAUUCCUGCUAUAAAGAGUCCCAGUCCCUGUUGAUGGAGCUACUCGUUUCAAUGGUAAAAUACAGGAUAACAGCAGAGGAAGUGGCUCUGUUAAUACAUCUCUUCCUGGAGAAGACUCCACCUACUGAGAUUUUGCUGAAUGGCAUUCUCCAGAUGGUGGAAGCUAACACAGAAAUGGAGCCACUACAUUACUUGUCUUUUCCUAUGUCCCUGUGCACCAGUGACCCCAACACCAGCACAAAUGGAGCGGUUGGCAUUAGGGCGGCAGUGGGUACUCUUUGGGGUGGCAAACUUGGUGCAGGCAAGGGGGUGGGUGAGAGUCAUGUCACGCAUUUUCAGGCUUCUCCUUGGCACAUUGCUCCUCUCCAUCUGCCUCUAGUUGGACAGAACUGCUGGCCACAUAUGGCCAGUGGCUUUAGUGCCUCGCUUUGGGUAAGAUUUGUGAAGAACAACGGUGAUGAGAAGCCAGCAGGCAGAGCUCACAUGGGGGGUGAUGGAGUCCAGCAUGUGGACUGGCAAGGAGAAAAUAACCUCCUCCAUGUUCUUUCUAUUGGCUCCAAAGCCCUAAUGCUGCAAGUGUGGGCUGACGUUUCUACAGGAGCCUGCACCUUCAGGAUCUGCAUUGAUCCUAAUGAUGAAAUGAAGGCUGGUCUCCUGGCCCAGGCAGAGUCUUUGCAUGGUGUGCUGAGUGCAGGCCAUUGGCAGCACCUUGCACUUACUUAUACACAGCAGCCUGAGGGCAAGAAGAACAUCCAUGGUUGCUUGACACUCUGGGUGUGUGGUAUCAAAAAAUGUGAGGUCUACCUGGACUACACCCUUCCAAGGAAGUCCAGUUUGUCAUCUGAUAGUAACAAGACCUUCUGUAUGCUGGGCCAUUACCUGAACACCACAAAAGAGUUGCCACAAACUUUAAUUUCCCAUUUGGAUAUGGGCAGUGUGCUUCUUUUUAAUGGUGCCAGCAUAAACACUGAUGAGGCAUUUUAUCUGUACACAAAUGGCCCUGACCUUACCUCCAUCAUGCCAUGCAAGUAUGGAAAGCCCAGUGGGACAUUCUCCAAGUACAUUACUCAACAAGUGCUUCAGUGUGAGCAGCUUCGAGAGCUGCUGAUGGGAAAUUGUGAAAUAGACUCUUCAUUUAUUAUCGAGAGCCUAGCUGUUGUCUACUCUCCCAGCACUCCUUCCAUCUACACCAUCUACGAGCCAGUGAUUCGUCUCAAAGGUCAGGUUAAGGCUCCUGUCACAUUCCAGAGGCCCUUCAGUGUUAAACAAUUGAAGAGCUCUGUGCUGGAUCCUCUGUCACUCAGGCAUUUGCAGGCUUUGCAGCCCCUUGGACUCCACAGCUGCCUCCAUAAGAUUGGUGGCACUGGUGCUUUCAUCUUUCUCUUUGCUCGGGUAGUGGAACUAAAUGAUUGUGAGAAGACUCAGGCAUUGGCACUGCAGGUUUUGUUGUCACUGGUUAAGAACAAUCAGCAUCGUAUGCAUGAGAUGGAGUGUUGUCACGGGUACUCAAUGAUCCACCAAGUCCUCAUGAAUACCAAAUGCAUUGUGGGAUAUCAUAUUCUUAAGACUCUGUUGGAUGGUUGCUGCAGUGGCUCUAUUCUGAUAGUAAAGGAGGACGGUCAGUGGCAUGUGGACACAGAGUCUGUUGCAGUGGUGCAAGACCUGAGACUGCUCUCUGAAAUACUACUAGACUGGAAGAUAUGGGCCAAAGCUCAGAGUGGAGUGUGGGAGACUCUUUUGGGUGCUUUAGAGAUUCUUAUCAGAGAGCACCAUCCUCAACAGGCAUUCAAUAUUCAGCAGCUGCUCAAAGCUCAAGUGGUGCAGCGCUUCCUGCUCAGCUGCCAAGUGUUCCAGGAGAAUCAGGAUGAGCACUUUUCCUCUGUUCCACAAGGAGUGUGCCUGUCCUUCAUUAAAAUCAUUCAGGAAGUACUCGGUUCACCCCCUGACCUGGACCUGCUGUGUUUGCUCUACAACUUUCUGUUGGCUGUGCACCCGCCUACUAACACCUAUGUGUGCCACACACCAUCCAGCUUUUACUUCUUUCUACAUAUUGAUGGUAAACUGUACCAGGAGAAGGUCCAGUCCAUGAUGUGUCUACGUCAGCACAGCAGUGAAGGGAAGUCCACCUGUAGUUCUGUGCUCUCGCUCUCCCCAGCUCCAUUCCCUGGGAUACAAGCUGAUGAUCCUGACGGUGACGUUUUGUUUCACACCCCAAACAUAUUUACUCCAUCUCCUUAUUCUUCUACGGACCUCAUGGCCUGUAUGGGGCAGCAUGUUUCUAGCAAAGCUUCCCCUAGGCCAUGUGAACUAGAUGAGGCUGCCUCCCUGACUGCACAGCAGUCAGGAAAUGACAGCACAGAAUUGCUGAAAGGUAGAGAGGAGCAACCCCUAAACAGCUGUGAGUCAGCCAAGACAGUCUGUGAUUCUCUGGAUGCAGUUGAUGAAGUACGUCAUACAUUCUCCAUCAGCAUGGGAGAAGAACAGGAAGCUCAAACAGAGCAGGAGGGCAGUGUCAGCACUGACUCAGUUGGAGAAGAGGCUUUGCAAAGGCCUGACAGCCUAAAAGGCAUCCAAUCCUUUCAAAGGAGCCACAGUGACCUUGCUAGCCUGGGUCUGGCAUUUCCAGGGCAAAACAGUUCUGUGGCCGUUGGUCGAUGGCCCAGCAUAACUGAUCGCACUACCCCGAAUGAUGAUGUGGAGAGUUACACCUACUCUCCUGGCUAUGACCGAACACACAGCAAGGCCAGUGAAAGAUCUGGCACAGAGGACUUUGUGGUUCUGAUCUGCUGUGGGCUUUAUGAUCUGCUGAGAGGUGUCCUGCUACUGCUGCCAGAUCUCAUGUUGGAGCAGGUGAUGGACAAAAUGAUCCAGCCUGAAGCUCUUGUUGUCUUGGUUAACCAUCCAUCCCCUCUCAUUCAACAAGGGGUGAUAAAGCUGCUGGAUGCAUAUUUUACCCGAGCCCAAAAGGAACAAAAAGAGAAGUUCAUAAGGAACCAUGGCUUUUCUCUGCUGGCCAACCAGUUGUAUCUGCACCAAGGCACUCAGGGUGUGUUAGAGUGUUUUCUGGGGAUGUUGUUCGGCCGAACUGUAAGCUUAGACGAGGAUCUUGACCUAGAAGAUAUGGAAAGAGUUUCUCCAUUCAAAAAGCGAUCUGUGGUGCCCAUAUUGGGGCUCUUGGAAAACUCUUUGUAUGAAAACCCGCUGGUCCACAAUGCCUUACGUGUUCUACUGCAGCUGCUGAAUGCUUGCCCAAAACUGGCUGAUAUAUUGCUGGACCAUGGUCUCCUCUAUGUACUCAUCAACACCUUGUCCACACUCAAUGGCCUAGAGAAUGGGAUUCCUCAAAAUGACUACAGACUUCUUGUAUGUGACAUACAGCAGUUGCUGGUGGCAGUGACCAUCCAUGCCUGCAGCUCAUCUGGCUCCCAGUACUUUCGCAUCAUUGAGGAUCUAAUCACCUUACUGGGUUUUAUGCAGGGCAGCAAAGUAUAUCACACUCAGGAAAUGGCUAGGGCCUUGCAGUUCCAUGUACUCCUAUCAGCCAUAAACUUCAUUAGGACAACGGCCAAUCAGGACCCUCGGAAGUUGAGUGCCUCUGUCCACACUUCUGCCCCUCUGCAGCACACAGUCCACCAGAAGCACAAGAGCAUUACAGGUCAGCAGAAAUUCUCCUUAGCACAGUCAGAUUCAUUGCUAAUGAGGAUGCGCUCUGUGGCUAAUGAUGAGCUUACCCAAAUGAUGCAACGGCGAAUGAGUCAGGAAAACCCCAUCAGAGCCAGUGAGACCGAGUUUAUUCAAAGGCUGCAGCGACUUGUAGUGCUGGCUGUCAACAGAAUAAUAUACUAUGACAACAGUAAGGAUUUCCUUGACCUGCUAAACUUUCCAGAGUCUCCUGAUCACACAGCGGGCACAUCCUUGCAUGCUGAGCAAAUAUCAGAGGAGAAUAGCAUCACACACCCUGUUCCAUUCCCACUUGCUGAUAUGAGAUGUUUCCAGAAAGAUCUUCUCAAGCUCAUGACAGAGGGCCUGAAAAUCGGGCUGGUCAAUACCGGACAAACUGGAGCUCCACGACAACAAUGGUGUCGCAUACUCUGGUCCUGCAGGGACACUUUCCGGAUUCAAAUUGGUCGGCUGCUGGUGCACACACUUAGUCCUGCCCUUCCUUUGGAAGACAGGAAGAAAGCACUAGAGUUUGUCCGUGAGAAAAAUCAUGCUGACAUCCUCAGAGAAAGCCUCAGCCCUGGACUUGAGCAUGGACCCAAACUUGCUCUUUACUUGUAUGAGAUGCUUCAUGACCACAAAGAGAGCCUCACUAAGGAUGAACAGGCAGCUGCUAACACCUUCAUGACAGCUCUGAAGAUUUGUGGCCAUCGCUGCAUCCCUCCAACUGCACCCCCCAAACCAGACCUACUCAAGGCUAUCAGAGAGGAACAACUCAAAUAUGAAUCAGAGGCAAGAACAAGCAAAAGUGCAUGGGAGAAAAAACUGGCCAGUGCCCAAAAGAUUCUAAUGCAGAGACUGGAUGGUAAAUCAAAGGACAUUUCCAAAAUUGCAACAGACAUCACUCAGAACAUGUCUCUUAGACAAGGCAUAGAAAGGAAGAAGGUCAUUCAGCACAUCCGAAGCCUUUACAAGACUGACCUGAGUGGCAGCCGCCAUUGGCAAGAGCUGGUUCUGCAACUCACCCAUGAUCGGGCAGUGUGGUAUGACCAGUCCUCUUACCCAACAUCGUGGCAACUGGAUCCCACUGAGGGCCCCAACAGGGAGCGCAGACGCCUGCAGCGAUGCUAUCUCACCAUUCCUAAUAAAUACCUUCUCAAGGACCGCUGUAAACCAGAGGACCCUAUCAAGGCCCCACUUUCUUACCUCUUUGAAGAGAAGACUCACUCAUCUUAUUCUUCCACUGUGAAAGAUAAAGCGACUAGUGAGCCCAUCAGGUUCACAAGGAAGUGUAUGAAUGUAGCACCCUCCAGAGAAACUGCUGGAGAAUUGUUGCUGGGGAAAUCAGGGAUGUACUUUGUGGAAGACAAUGCAUCUGAAGCCAGCUAUAACCAGCAGAUUCCUCAAGGUGAGAUGGAGUCUGCAUCCUUCUGCUGGACUUAUGAGGAGAUAAAAGAAGUGCACAAACGUUGGUGGCAACUUAGGGACAAUGCUGUGGAGAUCUUCCUCUCCAAUGGCAGAACUCUGCUACUAGCGUUUGACAAUACAAAGGUUCGUGAUGAUGUCUACCACAGCAUCCUUACUUCUGAGCUGCCCAACCUGCUAGAAUAUGAUAAUAUAAAUGCCCUCACACACCUGUGGGGCACCAGCCAGAUCACCAAUUUUGAGUAUCUCACCCAUCUGAAUAAGCAUGCAGGGCGCUCUUUUAAUGAUUUAAUGCAGUAUCCUGUCUUCCCCUUCAUCCUGAGUGACUACACUAGCGAGGUGCUGGACCUGCAGGACGCAUCCAUUUACAGAAACCUGAGCAAACCUAUUGCUGUGCAGUCAAAAGAGAAAGAGGACAGAUAUGUAGCCAACUAUAGGUAUUUGGAGGAGGAAUAUAAGAAGGGUGCACGUGAGGAUGACCCUAUGCCCCCUGUACAACCAUACCACUAUGGUUCCCACUACUCCAACAGUGGGACCGUACUGCACUUCCUAGUCCGGAUGCCUCCCUUCACCAAAAUGUUCCUGGCCUAUCAAGACCAGAGCUUUGAUAUUCCUGACCGGACCUUUCACUCCAUGAAGACCACAUGGAGACUGUCCUCUUAUGAGUCCAUGACAGAUGUUAAGGAAUUGAUCCCAGAGUUUUUUUAUCUGCCAGAAUUUCUGGUCAAUAGAGAAGGUUUUGACUUUGGAAUCCGUCAGAAUAGUGAAAGAGUGAACCAUGUGAAUCUGCCUCCUUGGGCCAGGAAUGACCCACGGCUCUUUGUGCUGAUCCACAGACAGGCUCUCGAGUCUGAGCAAGUGUCUCAGAUGCUCUGCCAGUGGAUAGACCUGGUGUUUGGAAUUAAGCAGAAGGGCAAGGCGGCUAUCCAGGCCAUCAAUGUGUUUCACCCUGCGACAUAUUUUGGAAUGGACGUUUCAGCCGUGGAGGAUCCUGUACAACGGCGAGCCCUAGAGACAAUGAUCAAGACUUAUGGCCAGACCCCCAGACAGCUGUUCCAAACCUCACACAUUAGCCGGGCUGGACAUAAACUCGUGAUUGAGGGAGAGUUGCCUGCUGCCAUGGGCCUGCUGGUACAGCUGGCAUUCAGGGAGAGCCGUGAUCAGAGCAAAGACAUUGUCCACCCGAGUCCUCUACCAUGGAUUAAGGGCCUAAAAUGGGGUGAGUAUGUGGGCUCACCUAGUGCUCCUGACCCAGUGGUGUGUUUCAGCCAGCCCCAUGGAGAGUGCUUUGGCUCACUGUUGGCGCUGCCUACCCGAGCCAUCUGUGGCCUCUCCUGCAAGUUCUGCCUUAUGAUGAUCUACAGCAAGGAGCAAGGUGUGAGAAGUAUGCACAGCACAGAUAUCCAGUGGUCCGCUAUUCUCAGCUGGGGCUACUGUGACAAUACACUGCGGCUUAAGAGCAAGCAAAGUGAGCCACCCAUCAAUUAUAUCCAGUGCUCUCCGCUCCAUCAGGUAACAAGUUGUGCCUGGGUGUCUGAUGGUUGUCAGCUAUUUACAGGCAGUAAAUGCGGAGUUAUCACUGCCUACAGCAAUCGCUUUGUGGCUUCUGAGAUGGAGGUUGAGUCACAGGUUCACUUGUAUGGACAUACAGAUGAGGUCACGGGUCUUUUUGUCUGUAAACCAUACAGUAUCCUGAUUAGUGUCAGCCAAGAUGGAACCGGCAUCAUCUGGGAUCUCAAUCGCCUGUGCUAUGUGCAGAGUCUAACUGGCCACAAAAGCCCUGUGAAUGCUGUGUCAGCAAGCGAGACAACAGGAGAUAUUGCCACUGUCUGUGACUCAGUGGGUGGAGGAAGUGAUUUGCGACUAUGGACAGUAAAUGGCGAUCUGAUUGGUCAUGUCCACUGCCGAGAGAACAUCUGCUCUGUUGCGUUCUCCAACCAGCCAGAGGGGGUGUCAGUUAAUGUGAUUGCAGGAGGUCUACAUAAUGGAGUUGUGAGGCUGUGGAGCACAUGGGACCUAAAGCCAGUGAGAGAAAUAACUUUUCCCAAGUCCAACAAGCCUAUAGUAAGUCUUACUUUCUCCUGUGAUGGACACCACCUGUACACAACGAACAUUGAGGGCAUGGUGAUAGCUUGGUGUCGACGGGAUCAGCAGCGCAUGAAGCUACCCAUGUUUUACUCAUUCAUGAGCACCUAUGCUGCAGGCUGAGAGAGUGGUGCUACACUCACUAACUGGUCUACAACCUUCAGAAACCUCCCGAAACCCUGCUGCCUUAGAGUGAGAAGAGGUCUGCAUGCACCAGACUAAAAGACAUGUGCCUCGAGGCAUGAGAAUUCCUGCUUUGGAUAGGGCAUGUGUCCUAAAAGUGAAUGCACUGUAAGAAGAUUGCUGUGUAUAUAUUGCUGAAGAUAGGAGAAUGUUUGUGGACCUUCAGUAACUUUGUUUCCUCAUGCUCUGUUUCACAGAACACAUCUUUUAUUUUAUUGGCUUAGUUUUUGGUUGUUGAAGUUGUAUUUGUAAUUUUUUUUUUCACUCCAUAUUUGAACUUUUGUAGUUAAGACAUCCUGGAUCCUAGAUCUUUCUGAAUACCCAAAAUUCGAAAACCAUUUACCUUUGAAGCUAAUAUAAAUAUAUUUUUCCUGAGGCUCAUGUACUCACACAGUCCAGUGCUGCUGGUUUGGCUGGUGUAUGUGUUAGCAUACAGAAUUAAUUAUUUAGCCGUGGUGCUGCAGCAAAAUUACAAGUCAGACGUUGGGUGCAUGUGAUGGGUCCACCUUCAGGCACAAAGAAUACUAGAGAUGGUAAUGGAGAAAAAUCCCACCUUUUCAGAAAAAAAGCCCUCUAUUGAAAAGUGGUGUUUAUGUGGUUUUCUGUCUUACUGUGACAGCUGAAUGUAGUAGUGAAAUACCAGUGAAGGAAAUAAGUAGUCUGUCCCAUUCAUUAAUGCAAGAGUCCAUUUUGUACAUCAUAUAGUAGCCACACUGUUAAACCUGAUGUGUUCUGAUGCUGUGAAAAAAAACAUGGUAAUUUGUUUCAAAUAAAAGGUCAUUUAAUGAUUUGGGAGCAUUUGUCUUAGUGAAAUAAACUUUUUUUUUUAUUUUUUCAGAAACAUUAAGAAUACAUUUUUGUUUCUCAUUAAUUCUUCACUAUGCCAUUUCUGUACAUUGUAUC